UCCCCGCGGCUGCGCAGUACAAGUGCCAUGGCCCUACUGUGCAGUGCGUGAGGUUUAAGGGUGAGGUAGAGAGAGGGACUGAGGGAGAGGGAGAGGGAGAGAGCGUGAAGAAUCCCCUUUUCACUAUGUCUUCUUCCCCGCGACUGCCGUAGAUCCCGACGAGCUUCUGCGAUUCUGGCCGCUGGAGCGGGGUCGUCACACUUCAGCACCAGCACGGCAUUGGAUUGGCAUCCUAGGCGUUUUCCUCCUCCUCCCCCACCUCCAACUGCUCUCUUUAGCACGUCUUCUCUCCUAGGCGUCAUCCUCCUCCCCUCUACUGCAUUGGCGUGGUGUGGAGUGGAGAGCCGCACGCACUUGGAUUCAUUUCCCUUGUUGGUAAGGGAGGAAUCUUGUGACAUUGAGCAGUUGCUUGCUUCUUGUCUAAAUGGUUAGAGCAUGGUGUGCCUGAAAACUCAAAAACUUAAAGUGUUGUGUUUCUUUGCCCUGCCAGUUGUAGACUAACAAGUUAUCAAUAUUUCCUUUUCUUUUUGAAAAUGGAUCAUAGUUCCGAUGAGGAUACAGAAAUCAGUGAUUCUGAGAUCGACGAGUAUGAAGGCAAAAUUUAUGCAAGCCUGAUGUCCGGAGAUUUAAAGGUCAAGAAGAAUGGAGAGAGUUACAGUUGUCCAUUCUGUUCCAGCAAGAAAACGAAUAAUUAUAGUAAAAAUAGUCUACUUCAGCAUGCCUCAGGAGUAGGUGCAGCACCUAAUCGGCAGGCAAAAGAAAAGGCAACCCAUCGUGCUCUUGUCAAACAUUUGAAGAACGAUCUUGCUAAAUCACCUGUGUCACAGUCACAGAUAAUUUCUGUGGAGCCACAACCUCUUCAGAACAGAGAUGAGAAGUUUGUGUGGCCCUGGAUGGGCAUUCUAGUUAAUGUGCCUACUGAGUGGAAGGAUGGACGCCAAGUGGGAGAAAGUGGAAAUCGUUUGAAGGAGCAACUAUCACACUUUUGCCCACUAAAGGUCAUUCCUUUAUGGAAUUUUAGAGGUCAUACAGGGAAUGCUAUUGUUGAGUUUGGAAAGGACUGGAAUGGUUUCAGAAAUGCACGUACCUUUGAAAGUCACUUCGCGGCAGGAGGAUAUGGUAAAAAGGACUGGACGGAAAGAACGAAUCAAGGAUCAGAGCUUUAUGGAUGGGUUGCCCGGGAUGAAGAUUACAAUUCUUCAGGGCUAAUAGGGGACUACUUGAGAAAAAAUGGUGACUUGAAAUUUGUCAAUGAUCUUGCAAACGAAGGAGCACGUAAAACUGACAAACUUGUGGCUAAUUUAGCUAACCAAAUUGAGGUAAAGAAUAGGUACUUACAGGAGCUUGAAUGCAAAUACAGUGAGACAACUUCAUCACUUGAGAAGAUGAUGGGGCAAAGGGAACAACUUCUCCAGUCAUAUAAUGAAGAAAUUCGCAAGAUGCAGCAGCUAGCUCGCAGACAUUCUCAGAAGAUCAUUGAUGAGAAUCAAAAGCUGCGUUCAGAACUUGAGACCAAAAUGAAUGAACUUGAUGUGAGAUCCAAGCAGCUUGAUGAGCUUGCAGCAAAAAGUGAUUAUGACAGAAGGAACCUUGAACAGGAGAAGCAGAAGAAUGCAAUCAAAUCAAGACAUCUUAAACUGGCAACAUUGGAACAACAGAAAGUUGAUGACAAUGUGCUGAAGCUUGUGGAAGAACAAAAGAGAGAGAAACAAGCUGCUUUAAACAAGAUUCUGAAAUUAGAACAGCAAUUGGACGCAAAACAAAAGCUUGAAUUAGAAAUACAGCAGCUGAAGGGAAAAUUGAAAAUUAUGGAGCAUAUGCCAGGUGAUGAAGAUUCAACAUCAAAGAACAAAAUUAAUGAGCUGAGUGAGGAGCUGCAAGAAAAGAUAGAUGAACUGGAUGCAAUGGAGUCAUUUAACCAAACUCUGGUUAUCAAAGAAAGCAAAAGCAAUAUAGAACUGCAAGAAGCUCGAAAAGAGCUCGAAAAUGGCUUGCUUGAUCUUUCAGGUGGGCGAGCACAUAUUGGGAUCAAGAGAAUGGGGGAGCUUGAUCUGAAAACAUUUUCAAAGGCUUGCAGAAAGAAGAGUUCAGAAGAAGAUGCAGAAGUUACUGCUGCCUUUCUUUGUUCAAAGUGGGAAGCUGAAAUAAAAAAUCCUGAUUGGCACCCUUUCAGGGUGGUCAUGGCUGAUGGGAAGGAGAUGGAAAUACUUGAGGAUGAUGCAAAGCUUGGAGGAUUAAAAGACGAACAUGGCGAAGAAAUAUAUGCAUUGGUGACAAAGGCACUCUGUGAAAUUAAUGAGUACAAAUCUAGUUGUAGUUAUCCUGUGGGAGAGCUGUGGAACUUUAAAGAAGACCGAAAGGUGACUCUGAAGGAAGCUGUCCAGUUCGUCCUGAAACAGUGGCGGACAAAUAGGAGGAAGCGCUGAGUCCAAUUGUCCACUGCUAUUUAGCGGUGUUUGCUUUCCAUCUAAGUUGAACACCAUGGUACUUGAGCACGAGCGCAUUUGAAAACUGUAGUAUUUCUACAUAAUGAGGCGCUAGACCAUGACUAUCUGUUCCUUGUUGGACAUAAGUUGAUACUCCUAUUGCCGUAUCAGCAUCAGUGAACCCUGAACUUUAUUCCACCUGUGUAAGUAGUUUUGUUCUCGAACCGUGUUAUUAGUAUCUAGCAUGCUCUCUUUGUACCGGAGAACGAGAGCCAUGAUUUGUAGGUAUGCAAUGGCAGUGCAGACGCAUAAUAAAGCAUGCUUUGGGCUCUGGUUGUGCUACUGCCUAGGCCUACUGGCCUUUUUUCUUGAUAUGGUUCGCAUUGUGUUUUUAUACAAUAUUCUUCGCAUUAUAGAUUGAUGCUUGAUCCUUCA